AUGGCGGAUGAGGAAGAUGCCCUCGAGACACCACUGAACGCGGCUUUGUACAAGCCGCCUACUUUGCUGCCAAUUGCGCGGCUCAAAGACGUAUUACUCUACACCAUUGAAACUUACCCGCUAACUAUCAUUGUUGGUGAGACAGGGAGCGGGAAGACCACGCAAAUCCCCCAAUUUUUAUAUAAGUCAGGAUGGACAGCAGAUGGGACGUCAAUUGCUAUCACUCAGCCUCGCAGAGUUGCCGUUACAACUGUCGCUGCAAGAGUCGCACACGAGAUGGGAUGUGAAUUGGGCCAAGAGGUUGGAUACUCGAUAAGAUUUGAUGAUGUCACGUCAGAAAAGACACGUAUCAAGUUUCUAACAGACGGCAUGCUUUUGCGCGAGAUCCUUGUGGACCCGCUUCUCAAGCGCUACUCCGUGAUCAUGGUCGAUGAAGCUCAUGAGAGAUCGCUGAGCUCCGAUAUUCUUUUAGGCCUUUUGACUAAGAUUAUGAAGAAACGUCAUGACCUGCGGGUUGUUGUGUCUAGCGCAACUUUGGAUGCGGAACAUUUCUUGGAAUUCUUCACAGCCGAUGUUGACGAAAAGAUCCAUGGUAAAAAGAAAGAAGAAUAUGGUUAUGUCAUUGGCAUUGAGGGCCGUAUGCACCAUGUCGACCUGCAUUACCUGAUCGAACCGACACCAGACUACCUGGAACGAACAGUAGAAACUAUCCUGGAGAUCCACACAAGUGAACCGGAUGGUGACAUUCUCGUCUUUCUUACUGGCCGCGAUGAGAUCGAAACCACGAUUGAUAUGAUCCAGGACCGUCUUGGCGAUCUGGACUCCAAAUUUCGCAAUAUUCAGUCUCUUCCUCUUUAUGCAGGGCUGUCGUCCGACCAGCAGAUGUAUGUGUUUGAACCAGCACCCGAGAAGACCAGGAAGGUCAUUAUAUCAACCAACAUUGCCGAAGCAUCGGUGACCAUAGAUGGGAUCGUGUAUGUGAUUGAUUGUGGAUUUGUGAAGUUGCGCUCCUAUGACCCUACAAGUGGAAUCGAAAGGCUGUCUAUUGCUCCUAUCUCCAAAGCUUCAGCCAUUCAACGCGCUGGUCGAGCUGGACGCACAAGGCCCGGAAAGUGCUACAGGUUGUAUACAGAAGAGGACUAUGAAGACCUCGAAGACGUAACACCGCCAGAGAUCCAGAGAAGUAAUCUCGCCCCAGUUUUCCUCCAGCUCUUCAACCUCGGCAUUACCAACGUCGUCCGCUUUCCAUACGUGUCGAACCCGCCCUCAAAACUAGCGACUCGUGCUCUGGAGCUACUCUACGCCUUAGGCGCUCUCGAUGACCUCGCACGCAUUACUAAGCCCCUCGGAAUCCGUAUGGCCGAACUACCCCUUGAGCCUAUGCUCGCCAAAGCUUUGCUCAACGCGACUUCCUUCAAUUGCCUUUCGGAGAUGCUCUCAAUUGCAGCAAUGAUGACGCUCCAAGGCACUACAUUCGUCCUGCCAGAGGGUGAGAAGAAGCAAGCCGACAGUGCAAAACGCAAAUUCGCAGUUGACGAGGGUGAUCACAUAACGCUCUUUAACGUUUAUGAUGCGUUCAUCGGACCCGGCAGGAAGGACCCAAAAUGGUGUAGGGACAACUAUCUCAAUUUCAAGGCUCUGGAGAAAGCUGUCAGUGUGCGGAAACAACUCGCGAGACAUCUUGACCAUCUCGGGAUCCAAGAGUCGGCCUUUUCUGGGAGUGAUGUGCGGAGGGUUGGUGGGGUCUCGAGUUUAGAGCUUACGGAGAGGAUUCAGAGAUGUUUGACUACAGGAUUCUUUGCUCAUGCGGCGAGGAUGAAGCCGGAUGGGUCAUUUACGACAGUGGAUGGAGGAACGACUUUGUGGGCGCACCCAAGUUCACUGUUUUUCCACCGGAAGGCGGAUUGGGUCAUCUACACUGAGAUUCUUGAAUCUAAAGACAAGAUCUUCAUUCGGGAUAUCACAUCGAUUGACAAGGACUGGCUGUUGGAAUAUGCGCCAGAGUACUACAAGGUUAAGAAGAGGUGA